AUGUCAUUGCCUCCGACAUUAGUCGAUAGGGAUCCUGAAGAGCCCGACCACUAUGAGCCUGAGACCCAAGGAGUGCGGAUCCCAGUUCCUCGUUCACCCUUCGAAUCAACUUUUGAUUCCUACGGCAGCUCGUCGGGCUUUGCUGGCUAUAUCACUGGUGGUGGUGACUUCCAGAGGCCAAGGUCAGAAUCGCUCUCUAUGCGUUUCAGACAAGCUGGCGGCGUUAAUAGCAUCGAUAACUUUGCUCGGUCAUGGCAACGCGCCGCAGGUUUUCCGGAAGUACUUCCCCGCCGCUCCUCAUUUCUUACAGCAGAUUCGGAUGAAGAAUGGCUCACUGCAGCAAAUGAGGUGGCUGACGCACAAGGCUCUCGUCUGUUUCGCCCGGAGAUUGAUGAGACACGACCACUCCUGACUCCCGAAAGAGAGACCGAGGCAGGCAACCUGCCAAAUGACAACGACAACCCGUCAAGAAAAAGUGUCCUCGGAACAUCAUUCGACAGAAGCCUGGGGACCUCUUACGGCACAAUAUCCUCUCGCGUUAGUGAAGCCACACGGAGGAAUGUGACUCAAUUCCACCGGGAGCAUCAAGCACAUAUAGAUGUACCUUUGGACGGCAACAUAGAGCCUCUAUCUGUCAAAAGUAUACAGCAUGAGGAUGGUACUAAAUCGAACGUUGUUGUUGGUCAAUCGACAGUACCUCAGACCAUUUUCAAUUCCGUCAACGUCCUGAUUGGCGUCGGUCUUCUAAGCCUGCCGCUAGCAAUGAAACAGGCCGGCUGGCUUUUUGGUCUAUUGUUUCUUUUGUUUGCUGCCGUGACCACCUCAUACACAGCCAAAAUUCUUGCCAAAUGCCUCGAUAUCGACCGCAGCCUGGUCACCUGCCGCCCCUUGGUGGCCACCGUGGAAGUACUCUGUGGUUUGGAGCCACAUCCUCACGCAAUCUCAAACCGCUCCGAGGGAGUUCGAGCUAUGGCUCUGCAGUCAUUCAAGGCCAUGAUACGUGUGGUUGUGCUGGCUGCUGUAGUUUUGAUGGCCAUUCUCUUCCCGUCUUUCGAUAGAAUCAUGGCAUUGAUGGGAUCCGCUUUGUGCUUUACGAUAUGCGUGAUCUUGCCGCUCGCAUUCUAUCUGAAAAUCUUUGGGCAUGAAAUCAGUCCAAGGGAGCGGGUUUUAGACUGGUGUCUUCUGAUUUUAUCGUCAAUGUUAGCGAUCAUAGGAACGGCUUGGGCAUUCCUUCCGCAGGACAUGAUCUCCACAUGA